AUGAGGAUACUUGCUACUACAGUAUUGGCGGCGGCCAUCGCCUCGGAGUGCUACAAAUGCAUCAACGGCCUUUACGACGAAGAUUGCCUUACGGAGUCGCUCUCGUGUACCGAAGAUCAGCUUUGCAUGACGGAAUUCCGACAAGAAAACGGCCAAGUUCGGAUAACAAAGGGAUGCAAACAGAAACAAGCUUGUGAAGUUCAGGCUUCGACGAAUAAAACAUUAUGUUACGAAUAUCCGUACGUUCGAGUGUGUCACAGCUGCUGCGAAGGUGACCUCUGUAAUGACGACAUGGAACUUCCUCCUUUCCGAAAAGUUGGAACCUGUGGAAAGCCAGCAAUCAAACCUUUAAUCGGAAAUGGACGUCUUCUAGACAAACUUCGAAGUUCAUUCGGCGUACCGCAACGACGUUUUCCUAUUGCUUCUCGAGGCCGUCGAUCGGUUUCGUCCGAAAAGCUGCACUACAACCCCGUCGCUUCCUGGGGCAUGACGACGACUAAUCUUGGAAAAGGCUUCGAUCUUUUGCCGGUGAUCAAAACUGCUAUGGAAGAGGAAACAAAGCAUAAUGAAACGACGGUUGAUGAAGAAACAGGAUUGACGAUGGAACAAAUUGGAGAAAUGAGCGACGUCAAUUUGAAGAUCGCAGCUGGGCGCCCGUCAGUGCCAGGCUCGUGGGCUUGGGUGGCUCAAAUCAAGUACUGGCGCAACGGGCGAUACGAGUUUGUGUGUGCGGGAACGCUGAUCGCCGAUCGCUGGAUCCUCACAGCCGCUCAGUGCCUCUCCGACGACGAAUCCGGCGAAUAUGAUGUCACGAACAUGGUUGUCGUUCUCGGGGUGGAGUACAACGAGUUCGUGCAUCCGGCUUGUCUUCCAUACGGUAGGUAUACUUCAGAAUAUUCGGCCGUCGAGGCCGAAGCCAAUUUAGUAGAGGACGCGGACUACUGCUGGUUUGUCGGAUGGGGUUUUACCAAGCCCAUUCCCAACUACGAGCAAAAGAAGCCAAAUGAUCUUGCUCGAGUGCUGCAACAAUCAAGACACUACUUGAUGGAGCAUCAAACCUGUGACAACAUUUUGGACACUUGGAACAUCGACAAGAAGGAACAUCUCUGCGCUGUUGGCUACGAGACUGCACCGGGCUUCAUCGGACAUGCUUGCGAGGGUGACGGAGGAGGGCCUUUGGUCUGCCGACACAAGGACAAUAGCUGGUUCAUCGCGGGAAUCGAGAUUGGGCAAAGCUCUCACUGUGGUCAAAGUCCCUACGAACGUCUUCCAUCCAUCUUCUCCCGCGUCUCUGUUUUCGAAAACUGGAUCAACAAAGUGAUCUUCUCGCCAGUCGCCGUUCCGGUCGUCGAGAAAUCAUCAUUGAUUGCCAAUGGCACCGCUGCUCUAUAA